GGAGCAUGGCGGUCUGGACCGAGCUUCUGAGAUCCAAAAAUCUACUGCUGGUCGUCGCAAUCCCCCUCCUCCUGCUCCCACUGCCGUUACUGCACCCUAGCAGUGAAUCAUCCUGCGCCUAUGUACUGAUAGUGACCGCUGUGUACUGGGUGUCGGAGGCGGUGCCACUGGGAGCGGCCGCCUUGGUACCAGCAUUUCUCUUCCCACUAUUCGGGGUGCUCAAGAGUAGCGAGGUGGCUGCGGAAUACGUGAAGAACACGACACUGCUGUUGAUGGGGGUCAUAUGUCUGGCGGCGUCCGUGGAGAAAUGGAAUCUGCACAAGAGGAUCGCACUGAGAAUGGUGAUGUUGUCUGGUGCAAAGCCGGGCAUGCUCCUGAUGUGUUUCAUGUGCUGCACCGCUCUGCUCUCCAUGUGGCUCUCCAAUACCUCGUCCACGGCCAUGGUGAUGCCCAUUGCGGAUGCGGUUCUGCAGCAGUUGACCUGCGCCGAUGAGGAGCAUGAGGGGACGGUGGCGAAUGGUUCUGCAGCUGUGGAGAAUGGACAACAGAAAGGUGGAAAAGAGAAGCAGAACCAGCCGUCAAUUGAACUUAUCUUCAUCAACGAGGAGGCCACAGCCAAAGACCUGAGCAAACUCAUCCAGAGCAAGCAGAAUCUCAGCGGUGUUCAUAUGAUUGCCAAUCCCAUGAGUUUUGUAAAGCCUUCCACCAAUGGGCAGUCUCUCCCUCAGACACAGAUUCUGGUUCUUCCAUCGGCUGAGUGCCGAGACCCAACGGAAAAGGGAAAAUAUAGAUCCAAACAUGACCACAUGAUCUGCAAAUGCCUGUCACUAAGUGUCUCCUACGCAGCGACCAUCGGUGGCCUGACCACCAUCAUUGGGACAUCCACCAGCCUCAUCUUUCUGGAACACUUCAAGAACCGCUACCCGGAUGCCGAGGUGGUGAAUUUUGGCACAUGGUUUGUGUUCAGCUUGCCCAUUACUGUCAUCGUCCUGCUGCUGACCUGGAUGUGGAUGCACUGGCUGUUUCUUGGUUGCAACUUCAGGGAAACCUGCUCUCUGAGUAAGAAGAAGAAGACCAGACAGGAGGAGGCGUCUGAGAGACGGAUUCAGGAGGAAUAUGAGCAGCUGGGGGAAAUGAGCUACCCGGAAAAGGUUACAGUCUUCUUCUUCAUUCUGAUGACUGUCCUCUGGUUCACGCGGGAACCUGGGUUUGUGCCCGGCUGGGAAUCAUUAUUUGAGAAGAAGGGAUACAGGACGGACGCUACCGUUUCAGUGUUCCUGGGAUUCCUACUUUUUCUUAUCCCAUCCAAACGACCCCAGUUUACAUGCUUUGGAAAAGGGGAAUCAGGACACAAGGAUAAAAAAGAAGAUGGACCACACUUGGGCGGCCCGAUGCUGACCUGGCAAGAGUUCCAGAAACAUAUGCCCUGGGAGAUUGUGGUGUUGGUUGGAGGAGGUUACGCGCUGGCGGCUGGAUGUAAGACGUCUGGUCUCUCAGCGUGGAUUGGACAUCAGAUGGAAUGUCUCAGCAGCCUCCCGUCCUGGGCGGUCAGCCUUCUGGCCUGUGUGCUAGUCUCGGGCGUGACGGAAUUUGUCAGUAACCCCGCCACCAUAACCAUUUUCUUACCCAUAUUAUGCAGUCUGUCUGAGGCUCUUCACAUUAACCCACUAUAUACCCUGAUACCAGUUGUCAUGUGCAUCUCGUUCGCUGUGAUGUUGCCAGUGGGGAAUCCGCCCAACGCCAUCGUGUAUAACUACGGGCACUGCCAGAUCAAAGACAUGGUGAAGGCCGGCCUGGGAGUGAACGUGAUUGGCUUGGGUAUUAUCAUGGUGGCCAUUAACACGUGGGGCAUCAGCCUCUUCCAGCUGAACACUUUUCCUGAUUGGGCCAUGAUUCAUAACACCACGGACCACCUGUGAAGGUGCCGGAUCAUCAGAGUGAGCGGGACCUUACUGGCCUCCUGCCACACCUGGAGAGAGGGUGUUGAACGCGCCCUGCCGAAGACCCAGCUGCACACCAAAGGAUCAUUUACCACUAUGAGAUUUUAUUAUAUACUUGAAAGAUAUUUGUGCCAAACGCACUUUAUGUAAUCUGCCUCCCUGAAAUGUGCGGCCAUAUGCCAGGCUUUUAGGUGGCCAUGUUACUACUGAUGGCACACACUGCAUUUCAUGUGUGACCGGUAUCAAUGGUGGACCUGAAACUUCUUCUGACUGUUGCCACCAAACCUUUCUCUUCCUGUAGAUAAUGGUCUAUUGAACAAUACUGAAUGCAUUUAGUUGUAGCUGAUAUAGGCUUGGCAAUUUAAAAAGUAAAAAUAAUUAGUGCAGUGACAGACUGGCACUUUGAGCACCCGUAUUUUACACACACAGAUCAGUCCUGGUGCAUAUAGACGGUUUCUAGAGUAUAGAAGUGUUAACAUGGCAUGGAUCAAAAAAAUCAGCCCAUUACUGCAAUCACAAGCCAUGUUUAAAGCUCAACCACCUAGUAUAAUCAUCCUUCGUAAGGUUCCUCUUAUCCUAGCAGGAGCACCGGCGGCCAUUCAUUGCACUUUCAACAGCGGCUGUGUGCUAUCGGGAGGUACAAUCACACACCACAGUCAGGGGAAUCUCGCUUGCAGUUGCUAACACUCCCUACAGCCACCAUUUCAAUGAAGUUAGGAGGAACUUGCCAGUCUGGUAUCACGGUACAGUGGACCUCCAGCAGAAAGUAGCAGCCCCCAUUGCAAAUUAUUUGACGUUGGUAAUGGCACAGUAGUCUUUUGCUACCCUAACCAUGCAGGGGUGCUGAGCAAUGAACCAGAGGCCUGCCUGGGUCAAAAUGAUAGAUCUUUGGUUCAUCAUGCAGGAUUUUCCUACACCACCGAGCAGGUGAAAGGACGCUUUCUCAUUAUUUACUAAGCAAUUCCCAGAGUGGAGGCUUUUAGUAGCCAAAGACACCAUGUUUUGCUGCUAAAAGCAUUGCCCCUCUAAACGUAAAAGCCGGGGCAUAGUUAAAUAAACCGCCAUGACAGCAACUGUCAAACAUGGGAGGAGGAAGCGUGCUGGUCUGAGGCUGUUUUGCUGGAACUCAAGUCAACGACUUGCAGAGUGACUGGCACCCUGAUCCUAAAGAACUAUCAUAGCCUAUUACAGUGCCAAUGCAACACCCUCUGGUCUACUCCUAGUUGGUGAAGGGUACACCCUUACAGCAAGAUCAUGGCCUGAAGCACUCACCGCGGCUAGGCCAGAGCUACCUUUGAGGAAAAUAAGACGGUAAGCGUCAAACCGCGGAAUGGCCACACAGUCUCCAGCCAGCUGGCGCGGGAUGGUUGGAAGGGUGAUAGCAAAGUAACCUACUGGCGCAGCACAUCUGUGAGAGCUUCUGAAACACUGCUGGGAAGAACUUCCUGGACAAUAUGCGAUUAUCAUUGUAAAAAAAAAAUGUCACGGGUGUGAUUGGGGGCGAUAUCUGUAACAGGCGGCUGCUUUCAUGAG